CAUCUCAACGUCACCAACCGGACGUUCGUUACAAUUGGCUCGUGUAGAAUAAAGACAGAUCUGCAAAUCAGAUUUUUGAAAAACUUUUUUAAAGUAAACAUUAAGAACAUCGUAACUGACACAAACCACUUUUACAAAAAAUAACCCUCAUUUUCAGUAUCUGUCGUCUUAGCAACGUAGAGGCGCCACGUACGUUGCCAAUUUGUGAGCAGUCGCUUGACGAAUUAUACGCCUCUGUCGACCGGGUGACAUGUCAGCUGAAGGACAAACCGCAGCUUCCAAGGUUUCCUCACUGAAAGGAAAAGUGACGCUGAUUACAGGAGCCAGCUCAGGAAUCGGGGCAGCCACAAGCAUCUUAUUUGCAAAGUUAGGAGCAAAACUGGCCCUUAAUGGCCGAAAUGUCGAAAAUCUCAAGAAAGUAGCCCAGCAAUGUGCGGAAGUUGGCCACGCUGAGCCACUUUUAGUGCCCGGAGAUUUGACAGAUGAAGAAGUUGUGAAAGAUGCCAUAGACAAGACGAUUGGACAUUUUGGAAAACUGGAUGUGCUGAUAAACAGUGCAGGAAUUCUCGCAAUGGGAAGCAUUGAAACUACAGACAUGGAGCAGUUCGACAGAGUGAUGAACACCAAUGUCAGGUGUGUUUACCAGCUCACCCAUCUUGCUGUGCCUCACCUCAUCCGCACCAAAGGCUGCAUUGUGAACGUCUCCAGUGUUAAUGGACAAAGAUCAUUUCCUGGUGUGUUGGCUUACUGCAUGUCCAAGUCUGCGAUUGACCAGCUGACCAGCUGUGCUGCCCUGGAACUGGCCUCAAAAGAAGUGCGCGUCAAUUCAGUGUGUCCUGGUGUAAUCGUCACAGAAGUCCAUAAGCGCGCAGGCCUUAAUGAUGAACAAUAUGCCAAGUUUCUGGAGCGAUGCCGAGAGACUCAUGCGCUGGGGCGACCAGGACAAGCCGAUGAAGUUGCCCAGGCAAUUGCAUUCCUAGCCUCUGACGCAGCUUCCUUCAUCACUGGAGUCAACCUGCCGGUGGAUGGUGGACGGCAUGCCAUGUGCCCUCGGUGACCCGAAGAUCCACUUUCUGUUUGUCUACACAGCUGAAGAGGGAAUGUUGCCGAUUUAUGUGGUCUCUGUAUUUAAUAGAAGUUUAAAAUCUGUUCUGAGCUUAUCCUUGUCUUAUUCUCUGGAUUUCAAUUGACUUAAUAAAGCUGUAAAGACCUGUUA